CUGUGAGGUCACUCACUCAUUCCAUUCACAGACUUGUUGGGGGCAGCAGCCACUGCUCCCCUUUAUCCCCAGGACCUAGAGGGACACAGGGCAUCGGGAACGGAGGACAGUCCAGGCGCUGACCCUGGGAGUCCAGGACCAGGACCUAAGUCCUGUGGGCAGGAGGCGUUCUGGGAGGUCCUUCAUUCAGUGGUUCCGGGAGGUCCAGGAAGCCUGCAGCCUGGCUGGGGCAGUGUCAACGUUGCCAGGCCACCAUGGUCCUGGGCUGGCUGCUGCUUCUGGUGAUGGCUCUGACCCCAGGCACAACGAGUGUCAAGGACUGCAUCUUCUGUGAGCUCACCGACUCCACGCAGUGUCCUGGCACCCCCAUGCGCUGUGGUGAUGAUGAGGACUGCUUCACAGGCCACGGGAUCGCCCGUUCCGUCAUCAACAAAGGCUGCGUGCAAGCCACCAGGUGCGGCCGUGAGGAACCUGUCAGCUACAAGGGCGUCACCUACAGCCUCACCACUGCCUGCUGCGAUGGCCACCUGUGCAACAGAGCCCCGGGCCCUGCCAGCAGCCAGACGUCAGGGGCUACCACCAGCCUGGCACUGGGGCUGGGCAUGCUGCUUCCUCCACGUUUACUGUGACCAACAGGGAGGACAGGGCCUAGGGCUGGUCUCCCAGAUCUGCCACCCCCCAUGUCCCCGUCUCCUUCACCCAUGAAAUGGCCAGAGAGGUCAUCCCUUCCAAGGCUGUCCACCAGGAGCCCGGUGCUCAGAGAAACACCUGAUUGAGCGGCAGGGGAGCGCGCCUGUGGGUCUGAUGGUUCUACUCUAUUUCACUGGUUCUAAAAGGCAGAGCUUCUCACAUUUCAAUCAGGAUGCUCCUUUCCAUUGAUGGCACCUUAGAGUCCAUGAAAUAUGGUAAAAGAUAUAUUAUAUAUAUCAUAAUAAAUGAGAGCUGAUGUUUAUGG